UCUCCCAUACUUUCUCUCUCUAAAACUCUCUCUCUCUCUACAGAAGUAACGCCAAGAAGAUGUGCGGCGGUGCUAUCAUCUCCGACUUCGUCCCAGCCCACUGCGGCCGGAAACUGAUGACGGACGACCUCUGGUCGGAGCUCGAUCCGUUCUCCGAUCACUUCGGUCUGGACCUUUCAAGUUCAAAUCAGUCGGAGAAGAAGACCAAAUCUCGCAAGCCGAAGCAACUCAACAAAGGGACGAGCGAGAAAGCUGAGGGGACGAAAAGUGAGACUCAGAGGACUCGAAAGAACGCGUACAGAGGAAUCAGGCAAAGGCCAUGGGGGAAGUGGGCGGCUGAGAUUCGCGAUCCUCAUAAAGGCGUCCGAGUCUGGCUCGGAACCUACAACACGGCUGAGGAAGCAGCCAGAGCCUACGACGAGGCCGCCAAACGUAUCCGCGGUGAUAAGGCCAAGCUCAACUUUGCUCAAUCACCGCCACCGCUGCCGCCACCGGCUAAGAGGCAGUGCGUCAUCCCCGAGUCGACUCAGAUUAACAAUCAAUUCAUGGAUUUUGGGUUCCAACCCCAACAACCCUAUUGCCCGAACCCAAUGGCUGAUGAAUUUGAGUUCAAGGAGCAGAUCUCCAGCUUGGAAUCGUUCCUGGGUUUGGACUCUGAGCCAACUCAGUUCGAGGGAUUCGAUGAGUCGGACUCAGUUGAUCUGUGGAUGCUUGACGACCUUGCAAUGACUCAUCUUCAGCCCCGUCUCUUCUAAAUCAACUAAAAAUAGGCUCUCUGUUUGUUUGUGUCAUGUUUCAGAGUUUGUAAUGCAUACUUUAUGUCUGUGUAUGUUAUUGCAUAAUCAGGGGUAUCACACACACAUAUAUAUAUAUAUGAUGCAUCAUAUGACAUAUAUAUUCUAUAUAUAUAUAUCAAUAAGGUACCCAUGUUUGUAUUCAAUGAUCCAUGUUGUCCUCUUUCGUGUUUAAUUUUGUGUGAUCAUGUUUGUGUUUGUGUAGGA